ACAGGGGUCUUCUCUGAAGUCAGCCCGUGAUCCGCCACCCCUUUGAGGCGGGCCCAACGUCGGAUGCUCCCGGGGCCAAGAUGGCCGCUCUCUAUGGCAGCGAAGUGAAGUGUGUCAGCGUGGAGUGGGACUUCCUGCAAGGCUUGUUGGUGAAGAAUCAGCCUGUGCCCUGCCUCCAGGCCCUGCGCAAGGAGAAGUCCCGCAAUGCUGCCCGCUCCCGCCGGGGCAAGGAGAACUUUGAGUUCUACGAACUGGCCAAGAUGCUGCCUUUGCCCGGAGCCAUCACCAGCCAGCUGGACAAGGCCUCCAUCGUCCGCCUCACCAUCAGUUACCUCAAGAUGAGGGACUUUGCCAGCCACGGAGACCCGCCCUGGGCCCCACGGGCAGAAGGCCCCUCCCCAGCCGCCAAAGGUGUUCUGAGGUUAGCUGAAGAGGACGAUCUAUUUCAGAAGUCUGCUGGGGAGUGGAAAAAUCUGGCCCGGGACUUCAGGUGUCACCUGUUCCGGAUGGCGUUUCGUUCCCCUAGAACGAACGGCUCCUCCGAAGUUCACCAAAGUUGGAGUUUUGGCGAGGGAUCCGAAACGGGCAUUUCUUGGCGCCUGGUGAAGUUUGCCAUGCAACCCUACGAGUCCCUGGACGGGUUCGUGUUUGUGCUGAACCAAGAGGGAAAAUUCCUUUACAUCUCAGAGACGGUGUCUAUUUACCUCGGGCUCUCUCAGGUGGAGCUGACUGGAAGCAGCGUCUUUGAUUACGUCCAUCCAGGGGACCACCCGGAAGUCGCGGAACAGCUGGGGCUGAAGCCUCCCUCGGGCUCCUCCGCCCACACUCGCCCCAAAGCUUCCGGGCUGGCUACCGCAGGGCUCUCGGAGGCCUCUGAAUCAGAUGCUUCCAGCUCCCCUCCUGUAGAAGCCGAUGCUUUGGAGCGCUCCUUCUUCGUCCGCCUGAAAUCCACCCUCACCAAGAGAGGGCUUCACGUGAAGACUUCAGGCUACAAGGUGAUCCACGUGACGGGCCGCCUCCGGCCCCGCCUGCCCUCUUUCUCCCACACCCACUCGGUGCUGGGGCGGGUGAUGGGCAUGGUGGCGCUGGCCCACACCCUCCCCCCUUCCACGCUCAGCGAGGUUCGCAUCGAGUGCCACAUGUUCGUCUUCCGGGUCAACAUGGACUUGCAGAUUGUGUACUGCGAGAGCAGGAUCAGCGACUACAUGGACCUGUGUCCCUCAGAGCUGGUCGGCAAAAGUUGCUACCGAUUCAUCCAUGGCGAGGAUGUGGAGGGCAUCCGACAGAGCCAUUUGGACCUGUUAAACAAGGGCCAGGUGGUCACCCGCUAUUACCGCUGGCUGCAGAAGAACGGGGGCUUUGUGUGGAUCCAGUCCUGCGCCACCAUCUCGGUCAACGUCAAGAACCCGAGCGAGAAGAACAUGAUCUGGGUGAACUACAUUCUCAGCAAGCCCGAGUACAAGAACACAGCCCUGGACAUCUCCCAGCUUCCUGGGACCCCUGUGCGACAGACAGACGCGGCGGACGCAGGGCAGGAUUUCAAAGAGAGCGGUCUUGUGCCAGAGACGAGCCAAGGGAAGCGUUACUCCCCUGACAAAACCGGCACCCUGACCUAUCCUGGGAGCACGCCGGAGGCCGGGACCUGCUGCCGCAGGACCGAGACAGAUUCCAGUGACCCCGAGACGAGCUACAGAGACGAGGAGGCCUCGGACGAAGCGGGCGGGAGCGACCUGGAUGGGCCGCCAGGCAAGCGCAUAAAGCUGGAGCUCCAGGCGGAUAGCCCAGCCCGGGAAUCCAAGGAAGCCUCGCUCGCCAGCUCCGAGGAGUCCGACAGCAGCAGUGAGGCCGAGCUGGGCUUCCUCCCUCGGCCGAGGGUGCCGCUGGUGAGGAAGGUGAACGGCUGCAAGACUGGGGGGGGAAGCGGCGUGGGGGUCCCCAGCCCCCCGUGCACAUCCGAAUUUGCCUCGGUCAUCCAGACCCAAAAGAGCUCCGCUCCGAAAGCCAAUGUGGCGCUCGGUAUUAAGUCCGAGCAGGCCUCCGGCCCCAAAGGGCCCGCUUGGACCUGUCCCGCCGCCCACAAGGGCAGGCCUUACACUGUGAACAAAGCACUUAGCCUUGAGAAGCCCGUUUUGCGGCCAGCCUCUUCCCAUUUGUACGUCUCCAUCCCGGACUCUGUGCUCACUCCGCCCGAGAUGGACAGCAGCACGGGGAAAGGGCCAUUUGGGAGCUCUCCCCGGGCCGUCCCCGCAGCAUCCUCUUCGGCAGACACGCUCUCGCCCCCGCUCUCCGGCUCCCCCUGCGAGGAGAGGGCCGUCUCGACGCCGUUCACCCCGCUGGUCUAUCCGACCGAGAUGGAGGUGCUGCAGAGGUUCCACUCGGGCAACGUGGUCCUGCCCCUGGUGCACCAGCUCGGCGGCCCGCACGCAAGCACGACGGGCUCCCAGGGCCUCUACGCCACCAGCACGAUCCGGUACGCCCCGGCUGAGGUGACUCUAGCCAUGCAGAGUAACAUGCUGCCCCCCUCCCACCCCAUCAACCUUAUGGACAUCGGUGGCGCGGAGGCCAAGACUUCACGAGAACUCAUGUACCACCACCUGCAAAGGCUGAACAUGGUCGCGCCAUUUGGGAACUCCACCAGCUUGGCCCAGCUUUCGGGGGGAGCGUUUGCAGCGACGGACUCCUUGUUUUCUGCCCUGCCCUUCUCUGUGGCUGGCGGCGGGGUGCACGGCACGCCAGCUUUGGAACGCAAGGAGGACUAAGACUGGGGGACUGUAGUUGAACUGGGCAGCAUCUCCUUUUGUCUGCAAAACGAAGGCCAGGUGCCGUACCGGGCAAAACUAUCCACGAGUGGUCUUUCACGGCCUUUGAUCUAGCAGCUCGGUAUUACCUUGGGAGUUCUCAGUGCCAGCGAGGUAAAAGAAAGCUGCUGUUUCUGGAACCGGUCUCCGUAUAUCUUCUCGCAGCACUCCUGAGACUCUGUGCCAAUCGUUAGAGAGACUGUCUUCUUGUUCUGUGUUCUGCUUCUCGCUUUUCAGGUCCUCAGAUGCUGCUGUUGAAGUCGACGCAACUGCAAAGUACGGCUAGGAGUUAGCCUGGUGUAAACGGAAAGUGCUGUUUGUGCGGACUUUCUAGGAAGGCUGCGAGUCGAAGGAAAAGAGGCCUUCUGAA